AUGCCAUCUUGCUCAACACCAUUGUUGUACCUCUGCCUACUGCUGGUGCCGUGCCUUCUUCUCUUGGAAGAAGCACAUGGGACACGUCAUGGAGGGAUCUCACCGAGGUCUCAACACAUGGCCCUCCUCCACUGGAAGGCUACACUUACAAGUCCACUGAUGCAGAUGAUCUCUUGGCAUAAAAACACUAGCCCCUGCAACUGGACGGGCAUCAUGUGCACGGCUGUUCGCCAUGGCCGCCGCAUGCCCUGGGUGGUGACCAACAUCUCCCUGCCGGAUGCAGGCAUCCGUGGCCAGCUCGGUGAGCUCAACUUCUCAGCUCUUCCAUUCCUCACAUCUAUUGAUCUUCAUAACAACAGUCUCCAUGGUGCACUGCCCGCUAGUAUCUGCUCCCUGUCAGCACUUUCGAUACUUGACCUUACCUACAACCAGCUCACAGGAAAAAUUCCCUAUGAGAUUGGUAACCUGCAAAGUCUCGGCUAUCUUGGUCUCUCAUUUAAUAGACUCACAGGACAUAUCCCUGUGUCUCUGGGCAACCUAACAAUGUUAAAUGUACUUGUCAUUCACCAAACCAUGGUAUCAGGUAGCAUUCCUGAGGAGAUUGGAAGGCUUGUCAACCUACAAAUUCUACAGCUAAGCAACAACACCUUAAGCGGUUUUAUACCAAAAACCUUUGGAAAUCUGACCCAACUAAAUGUUUUGCUCCUGUUUGGUAAUCAAUUUUCAGGGCCUAUACCCCAAGAACUAGGCAAGCUAGUACAUUUGCAAGGUCUUUAUCUUAAUGCAAAUGGUUUUUCAGGUCCAAUUCCAAUCUCCAUAACCAAUCUCACUAAGAUGAACACACUUUUUCUCUUUGAAAAUCAAAUCACAGGUUCAAUACCCCCAGAACUAGGCGACCUCAACAUGCUAAACAAACUUCAUCUCGAUAGAAAUCAAAUAACAGGUUCAAUACCACCAGAACUAGGGAACCUCACUAUGCUCGAUGAACUUUUUCUCCAUACAAAUCAAAUCACAGGCCCAAUACCUUCAGAAUUGGGCAUCUUGCUGAAUCUCCAGAGUUUAGACUUGUCCAGCAAUCAAAUUUAUGGCUCUAUUCCUGGCGGCUUAGGAAAUAUAAUCAAGCUAGUAUUCCUCUCCCUCUCUGAAAAUCGGAUAACUGGUUCUAUCCCCCAGGAAAUUGGAAAUCUGAUAAACCUCCAGCAUUUAAUCUUGUAUCAAAAUAAAAUUUCGGGGUCAAUACCAAAAACUUUUGGGAAGCUACAAAGCAUCCAAGGCAUGCUAAUCUUUGAUAACAAAUUAUCAGGUUCUCUUCCUCAAGAAUUUGGAGAUCUCAUUAGCCUUGUUGAACUUGGGUUAUCCAACAACUUACUUUCAGGACAUUUACCCACAAAUAUAUGUUCGGGUGGCAGACUUCGGUAUCUUUAUGUCUCUUCUAAUGAAUUCAGUGGCCCCAUUCCAAGGAGUUUAAAGACAUGUACGAGUUUGGUUCGAAUAUACCUUGGCAGGAACCAACUCACAGGAGAUAUAUCUCAGGAUUUUGGUGUGUAUCCACAACUAACAGAGAUGAUCUUGUCAUCGAAUAGACUCUCGGGGCAGAUCUCACAAAAUUUAGGUGCAUGUAACCAGCUAAUGGUACUGCGUCUCCAACAAAAUUUGAUCACAGGUUCCAUACCUCCUAUCAUUUCUAAAUUGUCCAACCUAGUAGAACUAUCACUAGAUUCUAAUCAUCUCAGCGGUGAGAUUCCACAAGAAAUCUGCACUUCAGCAAACAUAUAUAGACUGAACUUAUCAUCGAACCAGUUAUCUGGAUCCAUACCCACACAGAUAGAAAAGCUAAGCAAUCUUGGAUACCUUGAUAUAUCUGGGAACAGACUGAGUGGGUUAAUACCUGAGGAACUAGGGGCUUGCAUGAAACUACAGUCCUUGAAGAUCAAUAACAACAACUUCAGUGGGAGCUUGCCUGGCGCAAUUGGAAAUUUAGCAGGCCUGCAGAUCAUCUUAGAUGUGAGCAACAAUAACCUCAGUGGUGUAUUACCGCAGCAAUUGGGGAAGUUGCAGAUGCUAGAAUUUCUGAAUUUAUCACAUAAUCAGUUCAGUGGUAGCAUUCCAUCCUCCUUUACAAGCAUGGUGAGCCUUUCAACACUCGAUGUGUCCUACAACGACUUGGAAGGACUGGUCCCAACAGCACGGCUACUCCAAAAUGCUUCAUCAAGUUGGUUUCUUCCUAAUAAAGGUCUGUGUGGUAACCUCUCUGGCCUGCCGCCUUGUUAUUCAACCCCAAUAGCUGCUCAAAAAAAGGGGAAGAUGCUCGGUUUGCUUUUGCCAAUUGUUCUUGUGAUGGGUUUCAUCAUUUUUGCUGCAAUUGUUGUCAUAAUAAUACUUACUCGUAAGAAGAGAAAACCACAAGAAAGUGUUACCGCUGAAGCAAGGGACCUAUUCUCUGUUUGGAAUUUCGAUGGAAGAUUAGCAUUUGACGAUAUUGUAAGGGCAACAGAAGACUUUGAUGAUAAGUACAUCAUUGGAACAGGAGGAUACGGCAAAGUCUACAAAGCACAACUCCAAGACGGGCAGAUGGUUGCUGUGAAGAAGCUUCAUCAGACAGAAGAAGAGUUGGAUGAUGGAAGAAGAUUCUGUAGUGAAAUGGAAAUCUUAACACAGAUCCGACAACGAAGCAUUGUCAAAAUGUAUGGAUUCUUCUCCCAUCCAGCAUAUAAAUUUCUCAUCUACGAUUACAUUCAGCAAGGAAGCCUCCAUGGGACAUUGGAAAAUGAGGAGCUAGCAAAGGAAUUAGAUUGGCAGAAGAGAAUUGUUAUUGCAAGUGAUGUGGCACAAGCAAUAUCUUAUUUGCACCAUGAAUGUAGUCCACCUAUAAUCCAUCGAGAUAUCACGAGCAACAACAUCUUACUUGAUACAACCUUCAAGGCUUUUGUCUCGGAUUUCGGCACAGCAAGGAUUCUUAAGCCCGAUUCAUCAAACUGGAGUGCACUUGCUGGAACAUAUGGCUACAUAGCUCCUGAACUCUCGUACACAUCUAUUGUGACAGAGAAAUGUGAUGUCUAUAGCUUUGGUGUGGUUUUAUUAGAGCUAGUGAUGGGGAAGCAUCCAAGGGAUCUAUUAGACGGUAGUUUGUCAAGCGGGGAACAAGCUAUGCUGGUGAAAGAUAUUCUAGACCAACGACCGAGAACACCACCAACAACAGAAGAGAAUCACUUAGCCCUGCUCAUUAAGCUGGCGUUUUCUUGCUUGGAAUCUUCUCCACAAGCAAGGCCAACGAUGCAGGAGGCAUACCAAACACUCAUCCAACAACCUUCUCCUAGUUCAUGCCCCGUGCCUUUUAGCGCACUUACAUUACAGCAAGCAAGGGACGGAUGUUGAUAUACGAUUCAACUUCUAGUGAGAAUCCAGGGUCUAUUGUAGCGGAAACAGAUUUAGGUUCUCGUUUUGCCUCAAGUCAUGUUGAAGUCUGUAAUCCUGUCAUGUCAUCUCGAAGGUUUUAUUUUAGCAGGAAAAAAAAAUGGCCCAUGCAGCGUGAGCCCUGUUCACGACAUGGCAGGAUCAAUAGUUGCAUGCUGUUACGGUCGCCUCAUGGAAUGGCAAAAGUACCAGCCGUAGCGUGUUAGAACUUGAGGCAUGGUCAAGGGACGUGGGAUGGCAUGUCCGUGAAGCUUGGUCAUAGCGCAAGAUUAGGGUAUCUCUGUUACCUAGUUGAUCUAAUGAGUUGUUUAAAUAAAGAGGAGAACAAAGCA